AUGGAUACAAGCACAAGAGACUGCAACAACUACCACGAGAUAGCAACAACCUCGAUAGGUUGGAUAAAAUGCAAUUAUAAUGGCUCUUACAAUACGGUUACAAGACAAUCAAAGGCAGGAUGGAUUUUGAAGAAUGAAAGAGGAGUAUUCAUUGAUGCAGGACAAGCUAUUGGAAUUAUGACUACAUCUCCUUUAGAUAGUGAACUACAAGCUCUCCUCAUCGCAAUGCAACACAGUUGGUGUAAAGGUUUCCGGAAAAUAAUUUUUGAAGGAGAUUGCAAAAGCAUUUCAGAGAUUCUCAAUGGCAAAACUCUUAACUUCGGGUGCUACAACUGGAUAAAGGAAAUCAACUAUUGGAAAACCAGAUUUGAAGAAGUUGACUUCACUUGGACACCAAGACAAAACAACCGACCAGCUGAUUUAUUAGCAAAAUUUUUUUUACCAGAUAAUAGUUCUUAUAAUGUCUAUUCAUGUAUUCUUACUUUUCUUCUGCAUGAUCUAAGAUGUAAUAACUACUAA